AUGUCGGCCCAGGUGGAUGGUAGACAUGGCUCGCCGUCUCACAACCUCGAUUCUCUAAACACUCCCAAAAAAAGGAAACACCGGGCCGACGAGAAAGAGUCUUCGGAAAAGAAAAAGAAAAAGAAGCAGCGGACAGAGGGACCGGCGCCAACGACUGAAGAGCCUAUUGAAGUAGCUGCACAAGCAGAAGGGCAGACUCCAACUGGAGGGGACAAGAAGAAAAAGAAGAAAUCCAAGGAUAAGCAGAAAGAGAAGGUGCCGACGUCCCCCGUUCAGGAACCUGCAGAGCCCGAAGACGUCGAGCUACCGGACGCACCGUCACCUGAGCCAGAAGCAGAAGAAGAAGACUCGACUACGCAAGUGCCACAGGCAACUGCAUCAACAACGAUGGAUGGCGACGAUGGAGCAGCCGUAGAACCAGAGUUUAUGGCCGACCUACUGAACUCGACUGAACCUUCGUCCUUCAACUCUACCCGACUGUCUCUUUACCUGUCUAUUCCUGCCAUUGCCCUCGAAGCCAGCAGUUCGGCCAUACUUGCUACGCAUUUGGCGCCGUUGCUCCUUACGUAUUUUCCACCAGCACAAGGCAUAGUGCUUGGGUUCUCUGAUCCCGUCCUGUCCGCCAAACCUGACACUGCCAUCAAUCUACCUCUUCUACCUCCGUCAACUGGCGAUGUUCAUCCUCAAGCCGAGGUUCUAGCGAAAACAGCCGACGAGUUCGGGGUGUGCUGGGUCUGGCUUACUGUCACGCUCCUUGUGUUCCGACCUGAACGGGGAGAUGAGCUCUACGGAUGGACGAAUGUCAUGUCGGAAGGGUUCGUAGGCCUCGUGAGUUACAACUACUUCCAGACGGCCGUGGCCAAAUCCAGAAUCCCGCAGGACUGGACAUGGAACGGGCCCAGCCGAGAAGAGAUCAGAAAGAACAAAAAGAAAGGGAGGAAGGGCCGGCUGCGGGACGAGGAUGGUGCGUCAAGCCAGACGCCUGAGAACGAAAACGCGGCCGUGGAAGAAGGUGACCAGGACGCUACAGUAUCUCAGGUUCAACUUGCGGAUGUUGGUUCUUUCGUCGACGCCAAAGGGUCCAAGAUCCCGCCUACGCAGAAGUUUCGGGUCGUGGACACAGAAGUGGUUCCUUCCCACGACCGGCACAAGUGGUCAUUGCAGAUUGAGGGAACGCUGCUUGACGACGAGGCGGAGAGGCGCAUCGUCGAGGAAGAGCGCGCAAAGUUCGAGAUGGCCCAGCACCGGAGUCAAUCCCAGACACCGGGUGAUCGAACAGGAGAUCCGAGUGUGUUGAUGAGUGGGGCAUUGGCCAGAAGCCGAGAGGGCAGCGUUGCGUCAAGACUGUCGGGGCCGGUUGUCGGUCAACGACAUCGAAUGACAUAUUGA